GUAUCACUCUCAAGAUCAUGCCGGCGCUCGUCGGCAGUCGAGCGAACUGCUCUCGCGGUCCUUACAGAGAACGUUGCAUCCGUCUCACGCAAUCGAGCUCUGCUGAUCACUAUGAGCUCAGUGGGCUUCAAAUGCUACAGCCGCUUCGCGCGGCUUGACGCUGGCGUCGCCGGAUCACCCAGGCACUGCCGAGAACGUUAUCGCUGAAUCCGCCAGGCAUCGUGGAGAACAUAAACGUUGCAUCAGCCAGGCUCCGCCGAGAACGUUAACGCUGAAUCAACCAGUCUCCGCCGAGAACAUUAUCGCUGAAUCCGCCAGGCAUCGUUGAGAACAUUAACGUUGCAUCAGCCAGGACCCGCCGAGAACGUUAGCGCUGAAUCAGCCAGUCUCCGUCGAGAACAUUAACGUUGGAUCAGUUACGUUUUUCGCGGAUCGCUGACACCGAGGCGUCUGAGCUCAGCAGUGCAGCUGAUCGCCCCGCUCCUAGGCCGACGCCAUGAGGCGGCUCCGUCUCUGGUGCUGCCUCAGGCUCUGCACACUUCAGACGUUCGCCAACCUGUUCGUGGCCUCGUUCCUCGUCUACAACGUGUGCGUGUAUGUCUCCCGUAGCUCACAGAAUGAAGAGCUGAGGCCGACAGAGGCGGCGUCAGCCGUGUUCAAUCCCCGGACGCUGCUGGCGCCGGUCGUGACCCAGGCGUCCGUGGACGAGCUGCCGUCUGUGGGCAGGGUGCCGCCGGCCGCGGACCGUCACGAUCUGGAACCCACUGACGUGUGGCAGAACGUGACGUUCUCCGUGGGGAAGUUUUUCGUCUUCUCGGCGUACUUCGAGCGGCGCAUGCGGCCGCGGUUCGUGCGCGUCAUCGCCACGGGACGCGUGCACCUGCCGUCGACACUGCGGCCCCUGUACUGCCGUCUGCACUUCAGCAACGGCUCGGAGGCGACAGUGCGGGCGCAGCACCGGGUCAUCAAAGAGAACUGGGGCCUGGCCUACACGGCCCGUUUCGUGCUCUGCCCAACCGACGAGCCGCCGCGUGCCGUCUCGCUGUUCGAGAAGAGCGCAGAUCUCGGCUCGAGACCGGUCACGGUGCAGGACGUGCAGCCGUCGGCCGCCCGGCUCGGUCGCUUCGCCGUUUGCGUGAAGCCGUUCCACUACGAGUACAACCGGGCCGUCUGGCUGGUGGAGUUUAUCGAGUUCCACCGGCUGCUGGGCGUCUCCCGCUUUAUCUUCUACAACCACACGGUCGGUCCGGACGUGGAGCGCGUGCUGCGCUUCUACCAGAGUCGCGACCUGGUCACCGUACUGCCCUGGCACAUAGCGCUCAGGUCUCAAAAGGAAGUGCGCACGGAGAACAUGUUCGCGGCGCUCAACGACUGCCUGUACCGCACCAUGUACCGGUACUCAUACACGGCGCUGGUGGACGUGGACGAGUACAUCGUACCGCGCCAGCACGCUGACUACGGCCAGCUGUUCGACCUGCUCGGGGGCCGCGGCCGGGAAACGUACGGCUCCUACAUCUUCCAGAACUGCUUCUUCUACCUGUACUGGGAGAACGACACUGCGGUGGCCGAACGGCUGCACCUCUCCCCGCAGCAGGAGAGCCAGUUCCCCUACCUGAUCUCGCUGUACAAGACGCGCCGCGUGCGCACGCCGCACCGGUUCUACUCGCGCAGCAAGUACCUAGUGGUGCCGGAGCGGGUGGUGGAAGCGGGCAAUCACCAGGUCUGGGAGCACGCGCCAGGAUUUCGCUCGAUGAACGUCGGUGAGCACUUCGGCCUGGUGCAUCACUUCCGGAUCUGCGAGUUUGGCGGGUUCGACUGCAUGAAGAAGGACUCGAUUGUCGACCGGACCACGCACAGGUUCAUCAGACCUCUGGCGGGCCAGGUCCUCGCGGUGUGCGACGCCAUCUUUGGCGGCAACUGCCCAGUGGCGCCGCCUCUCGGCUCCCCGUGGUGAUAGGCUACAGUCAUGUGGUGCCAUCUCUCGUCAAUGUUUGGUGCACAAACGGUGGACCGUGCCUUUCAGGUGAGGAACAAUUUUGACACGCACCCGGUAGUUCCUGGCUGGAUUUGGUGUCCCGAUCACGCACACAAAAUUCCAGAUAAAACUAAUUAACGUUGGGUUUUUGCGGCCUUUUGAUCAACUGAAAUCACAUUUUUGACCUGUAAUCUUCGGCCCAACUUACGCUGUAAUGUACUGCCCGCUUCACUGGGUUGUGCACUGACGCCCGCCGUAUUUGGUACCCUCUGUGGGCAUGACCAGACGUGUGGCGGUGCCCAAGAAACGGUGCUCACGAUCUGCAAUGUGCGCAUGCGAGUCAAGGAUUUGUAGAAUUCAACGAUACAGCUGUCCUGGUUUAAGACGCAUGGCCCCCCGGUUUGAAGCGCUGAUAUAUCAUUACUGUCCAUGCAAAUGUACAUUUAUGCGCCAUUCGAAUGGGAAAUAAGGUUAAUGUCAGUUUUUUCAAUGAUUUUACUUGCACUUCGCGUCCAAGUUCAAACUCCAGUCGAGUAUCCUCAAACGCACUGGGAAAGACCCUACACAGCUCAGCCUGGAUUUCGGUCCCCUCCUUUCGCCGCUCGAUGCCUUACGUGCAUCGAGCCUCGAUGCCUCAAGCCUCACAUGCGUCGAUGAUCCGGCGGAGCGAGCUGUCAAGCUAGGGAGGGACUUCCCUGGGAGCGCUCGGACCGAGGCCGUUCUGCAGAGGACCAGUACAGAACAAAACAUCACCAGAGGUGCCCUCAGGAAGAUAGGAGGGCUCCCUUAGUCACGUACACUAAUCAAUGCGCUCGUCUUAACUAAAUCGUCAUGGAAAUCAAACAUGAACAACUGGAUCUUGCAGAGCGCAUGUUAUUGCACUGCAUCGGUUCCGAAGUCACACAGACUUGGAUCCGCAAAAGGCAUAGAAAGUGAUCGUAUCGCACCUGGAACAUUUUGUCAGACCGCCGGGAACCGUUUCUGAGGUCCCCGCAUGUCUCAUCAUGCUCGUGGCGGAUAGGGAAUAUAUCGCGCGUCAGCGCGCAGCCUAGUGAAGCUAACACCGCCUUAAAACGCAAUUUACCAGGAGACUGCGACACUUAAAAUGCGGCCUUAGUCGAUCAAACAGUCGCAAAAUCUCAACAUUAAAAUUUGCCACUAAAAAAGUAGCACUGUGCUUGGGUAAUAGGGACACUAAAUCCAACCAGGAACUACCGGCCGAAUGUCAAACUUAUUCAUCACCUUAUGCAAGGCACGGUCUACGCAAACAGCGCCAGCAAGCAGGACGGAGCAGACAGCCCUCGAAUCCCUGUAGCAGUUGUCCACGAAAGCUCAAUUUGAAACAGCUAACUGCCGGACAGCAAAAAGCUGAUAACUAGAAACUACGCGUUGAUCUUUUGGGGGCUGGUUCGUGCAUGACAGCUGUCUUUCCCAUUUGCUCAGGACAAAUUCUGAUAUCGUUAACGUGUGCCGUUCCCCCCCUCCCCCUUGUGCCUACCCCCACACAAAUGACCAAGGUGUGUCGAACCAGCCCUCACUGCACUGUCACGGGGCAUUAUGACCACGGCGUCGCAGUACUGCAGGUGUCGAUAACCUCUGGCAGCGCCGUGUGACGUUGUGUUGUGGAGCGGCCUUAGCCAGAACUCAACUGUCAGGCCUGCUACUCUCAGCAGACAGGCUCAGGACUCUGCGCAAAAAGCCGAGGAAAGGUACCACGAGACAGGGGAGACGUUCGAGCCGGAUCUGUAUGCGUCAGUAUGCGCCAGUGCGCGCGCGUAAAGGUACCGUUUUUUAUCAGACGCAGAUAGAAUGCUUGGAGUUAUUCUUUUCAGUGAAGACAUCGUUAUACAGCGUGCGCUCAUCGCUUUGUGAUAGCUGAUGCAUAGUACCACUCGCUUGCCGCCAAUUUCGACGUCUCCUCCGAUAUCUCCAAUAGAUUUGCUCCUGUUAUCGACCCGACUUCGCAGAGGGCCUAUGCGUCAAGUGGGGCCGCGGAUAGCUCAUGGCGGUAGUCCGAGUCGCCAGGCCACCUUCAGUUCGACUCUGUCACCGCGCGAGCCAGUCCCGUGGACCAUGCCUACCGCUCUACAGCUGGGUGCCGCAUCAAGUUGGGGGCCGCAUACCGAGGACUAGAACUGCUCGCCUGUUAACCGUGAUACCAACCACUGCCAUGAACACAGCGCGGCCACGCGUGGUGUCCAAAUGUCUAGGUGCCUCGUUCCAUUGUUCCGAAAACGCCAAGAGCUUGUGCGAAAUAUA